AUGAAGCCACACUUCGUUCAAGCACUCGCCUACCAAGCAACAGAGAUUUUAAGGGACUCGCAUGCCAACCGCAUCUGCCAUGGGAACAUUCGACCAGGAAACCUACUGCUGCGAAUCAGGAAUCUGGACCAUCUCAACGACCAAGGAAUUUAUCGACUGCUUGGGCAGCCCAAAAUUGACGAAUCGAAGACCGAGUCUGGCAGGAUCCCAGGCCCGGAAGCUCCUCGCUACAUUGUCGGCUUUCUUGAUUUCAUGUCAAGUGGCGAGGACAUUCUUCUGAACGAAUUAAGCCUUAUUGGGUUUGAUCACGCUUUCGAAAUUUCGUCACCGAGGACAAUUGAACCCCUGCCUGAAUUUCUGGCACCUGAGGUAGCUGUAGGGAAGCCAGCCAGCCCAGCAAGUGAUGUUUGGGCACUGGGUGUCACCAUCCUCAACAUGCGUUCAGGCAUCUCACUGUUCCCCUAUUAUGUCGAUUGCCCAGUACAUCUCAUUACAGAGUGUUUGAAGUAUUUUGGAGAACUUCCAAAUUCUUGGGAAGAGCCCUUUUACGAUGAAGAGGGGCGGCCGACAUCAAAUAAAACCGCGGGCCGUGCAAGGGAAGUAUCCGAUGAGGUUCACUCGCUGAAGCAAUGGACCUGCGAUAUCUGGGACGAACCAACCCAAGUGAAUGAGAAUGAGUCAACGCCAGCAGCGCCAUUUCUUGUCCAAGAUGAAGAUAGAUCGCUUCCCAAAACCUGCGAGUGGCUAAACGACGAUAUUUCUUCCAUCAUCAACUAUGAUCCCCAAGACAUAGAUUGUCUGGCCGCCAUACAUGACAAUACUAAAAGACCAUACCCGCGACACUACGCCAAUCGGGUUUGGAAGCCAUCUGCAUUCAAAAUUAACGGUACUUACCUCCCAGAAGGUGGGGGAGUGGGAUGGUUCGCUUACCUGCCAGGAAAUAGUGAUGUGGAGGAUAACCUUCAGGCAUUGCCAAGAAUAUCAACACAAGAAGCUGAUAUGCUGUAUGACCUUUUGAGAAAGAUUUUCGUGUAUGAAGGACGCAUAAGUGCGGAGGAUAUCUUGGGUCACCCCUGGUUCGGGAUGGUUCAAGGGGAAACACAACACUGA